AUGUCUGAGCACGGCAUCCGCCCACCAUCGCGCCAGAUGGACGAAUUCGAGGAGAUGGUCUUCGAGUAUACCCAGCGAAUGGGCCUGGGCAGCGACGAGCACUGGGACGUCAACGCACAAGAAUGCUCUCUCCGCUUCGAGACCGCCACGCUCGGCCCGCCCGCCAAAGUCUCCUUCCUCUUCACCAUCGUCCCCUCGCUAAGCAACUACAUGGGCAAUCUACACGGCGGCUGCGCGGCGACCCUGAUCGAUGUGCUCUCGACGACAAUCCUUCUAGGCGUCUCGCAGCCGGGCAAGUUCGCGCUUGGUGGUGUGAGCCGGAAUCUCAAAGUGACGUAUCUGCGUCCCGUGCCGACGGGGACGGAGGUCCGGCUUGUCUGUGAGGUUGUUCAUGUCGGUAAGCGGUUGGCGCUCCUAAGGGCGGAGAUUCAGAAGGCCGAUACCGGGGACGUUUGUGUGGUUGGGGAGCAUGAGAAGGCGAAUACGGAUCCGGAGGUUACGCAGCGGAUUUGA